AUGGAAACUGAGAUGGAGAACAUGGAAGCCUACACCGAGUCAGCCGGCACAAAAGUAAAUUGCACGUUUAUGAAAGCAAAUCUACCCGUCAACUUAAAGAAAAACUUAAGGCCUCUUUUGUUGCAGUUUGAAGAUGUUGUGCAUAAGAUCAAAAUUAUGAAAGGGGGAGGUUGGUUCAGAAGGAAAAUAAAAUAUGAGGAAAGAGUGAUCUUAAAAGGGAUCAAUGGCACCGUGUUGCCUGGUGAAUUGCUAGCCAUAUUAGGCCCUUCUGGCAGCGGCAAAACAACUCUCCUAUCUGCUUUGGGACGCCGGCUUAGACAUACUAGUGGAAGCAUAACCUACAAUGGCAAAUCCUUCUCUGCAGCAAUGAAGCGAAACACUGGAUUUGUAGCUCAGCAUGAUGUAUUCUCUCCACACCUCUCUGUCACUGAAACACUAGUCUUCACUGCUCUGCUCCGGUUGCCGGCCGGCUGUCUCACUAAGGAAGAGAAAGUUGCGCGGGCAGAGGCCGUGAUUGAUCAACUUGGCCUCACAAAGUGCAAGAACACCAUUAUUGGAGGGAAAAUUGUUAGAGGGAUUUCAAGGGGAGAAAGGAAGAGGGUGAGCAUAGGGCAAGAACUGCUUAUGAAUCCAAGUCUAGUGUUUCUUGAUGAGCCAACAACUGGUCUGGACUCAACCGUGGCUAAGAGAAUUGUGCUGACUUUAUGGGAACUGGCUAGAGGUGGGCGGACAGUGGUGAUGACUAUACACCAGCCUUCUAGUAGGCUAUUUUAUAUGUUUGAUAAGGUGUUACUGUUAUCACAAGGCACUUGUCUUUAUUUUGGGAAGGGGGAAUGUGCCAUGGAGUACUUCUCCAGCUUGGGAUAUGCUCCAUUAAGAGAUAUGAAUCCUGCAGAUUUCCUGUUAGAUCUUUCAAAUGGUAUAUCUUCUGGGGAUGCACAAGAGGACCGAGCAGCUGUAAAGAAAGCUUUAGCAUCGGGUUAUAAGAGUAAUCUUGCCCACAAAGUGAAAGCAGAGCUUCUGCAGGAUUCGGGCAAUGAAUUUCAGAUUGCUUCUGAAGGCAAUAAGUUGGGCAGAUGGAGCACGACUUGGUUGCAGCAAUUCUCCUUGUUGCUUAGAAGGUGUGUGAAAGAAAGGAGUUAUGAGUCCUUUUCAUCCCCCAGAGUUGCUCGGGUUUUGGUCCUUGCAUUUUUUGCAGGUCUUCUAUGGUGGCAAUCAGGCCCUGCUAACAUCCAAGACCGGGUUGGACUUCUUUUCUUCUAUAGUCAAAUUUGGGGACUGCUACCACUCAUCCAGGCAAUUUCUAUUUUUCCUCAUGAGCGCAGGAUGCUAAUAAAGGAAAGAUCUUCUGGCAUGUAUAGGCUGUCAUCUUACUUUAUGGCUAGAACAGUUGCUGAUCUUCCAAUGGAGCUCACCCUCCCAACCCUCUUUGUCACCAUUACCUAUUGGAUGGGAGGGCUGAAAGCCACUGCCAUCAACUUCUUCUACACCUUAUCUGUUGUUCUACUCAAUGUUUUGGUAGCACAAGGCCUUGGGCUUGCAAUUGGUGCAUUGGUAAUGAAUCAGAAAUCAGCUAUCACAUUGGGAUCUGUAAUCAUGAUCGCAUUUCUUCUGCCUUGUGGCUACUUUAUUCAAAGUUUUCCAGCUUUCAUAUCUUGGAUUAAGCAUGGAUCUUUUAGCCUCUACAUAUACAAGCUCUUGUUGGGGUCGCAAUACAAGGCCGAUGACACCUAUCCAUGUGCUUCAAAUCACCCUUGUUUGGUGGGGAACUUUCCUAUUGUUAAGUAUGUUGGGCUUGACAAGCAAGGUUUAUCUGUUGUUGCAUUGGGCAUAAUGCUAAUUGGUUAUAGAGUUAUGGCAUAUUUUGCUCUCAUGAAGGUGGGCAUGAUACAUAAAUAA